AUGAGCCGCUGGCUGCUGGCUGCCCUGGCCCUCUGGGCUGUGAGCGGUGGGGACUCCCUGCCAGCCUGUAACUACCCGCCCAGGCUCUUGUGCAGCUCCUGGAAGAUUGCCGUGGCCUGCCAGGUGGAGAAGCUAUGCCCCAAAUUCUACCACCGGCCCCAGGCAGCCAACCCUGUGUCGCUGAGCCUGUAUUACGAGAGCCUGUGCCCGGGCUGCCGCAACUUCCUGGUCACCCAGCUCUUCCCCACCUGGGUGAUGCUCAGUGACAUCAUGGACAUCACACUGGUGCCGUACGGAAAUGCCCAGGAGAAGAACGUCAGCGGGAAGUGGCAGUUCGAAUGUCAGCAUGGUGAACAGGAGUGCAGAGGGAACAUGAUCGAGACCUGCCUGAUGUACCAGCUGAAGGACUUCGAUCACUCUUUCCCUGUGAUCUUCUGCAUGGAAUCGGCGGGCUCUGUGGUCGAGAAUCUUGAAGCUUGCCUGCAGGUCUAUGCCCCAACUGUCCAUCUGGCUGAGAUCAAGUCAUGCGUGACAGGAGAUCUGGGGAACAAGCUGAUGCAUCACAAUGCUCAACUGACCGAUGCCCUCAACCCACCCCAUAACUACGUGCCGUGGAUCCUCGUCAAUGGGAAACACACGGACGCUCUCCAGGCGCGAGCCCAGACCGCUCUGUUCAGGAUGGUUUGUGAGCUGUACACGGGUGAAAAGCCAGAUGCCUGCGAAGGCGGGGGGCUGAGUCCCAGCGCUUCUGAAGACCGAGUCUCUCUGAAUUAA